AUGACAAGUGGUGGAAAAGUGAGAGCCAUCAGUGAUGAAGAAAGAUUGCAUGUUGAGUCAAUUAUUCAGAACAUGGCAGCCAAAAGCUUGCGGUGCAUUGCCUUUGCUCAUAAAAUUUCUGAAGAAGAGAAUGGCAGUCAGGGUCAUGAUAAGCUUGAAGAGUGGCUGACAUUGUUUGGUCUUGUGGGUUUGAAGGAUCCGUGCAGACCUGAGUUCGAACAGCAGUAG